GGGGUUCGGGAAUUGUUGAUUAGUGUCACGGCCUGGCGCAUUGCCGGUCGGUUCUAUUACCUGAUAGAGUCAUUUCCAAGAUCAAUAUUGAGGACUCUAGUAAGAAAUCAAUGAAUAGUUCGGAAAGAUCAAUGGCCGGACAGAAAUCUAUCGUCGUCAUGGCAAUUGCUAACUCUAUAUAACUGCUUGUUUAUCCUACUAUUAUCAGUCCCUGACCAUCAGACAGCUCAGCCUUCCCCUUCGUUUUCCAACCGAACUACCUACAUUCAACGGUUAUCCAAUCCUAACCCCUUUUCCAAAUAAUCAAAUAAAUUAUGCUAUUCUCUACCACCACCAUUGUCGCUAUCGCCAGCAUCUUAAACGUUGCAUCGGCUCUUCCUGCAAAAAGACAGGCAGCGCCAACCGAUGCGGACAUCCUCCAAUAUGCCUUAACGCUCGAACAUCUCGAGAAUGCAUUCUACAAGAAGGCUCUCAGUGAAAUGCCAGAACAGAUGUGGCUCGAUGCAAACUUCACCUCUUCCUUCUACAACCAGUUGAAGUAUAUUGCGCAUGAUGAAGAAGCACAUGUUGUCUAUCUUCAAAAUGGCCUCACCGCUGCGGGUGCUGCUCCUGUUCAAGCCUGUGAAUACAAAUUUCCAUUCACGGAUCCCAAAUCAUUCGUUGCUCUCGCUUCCGUCAUUGAGGGUGUCGGUGUUUCCGCUUACCUCGGAGCAGCAGCCGAUAUCACAACAAAGGCCUACCUUACCGCAGCUGCUUCUAUACUUGCCACCGAAGCUUUACAUCAAUCUGCUGAACGUAACGCCAAUGGUGAAAUUCCAAUGGCCAACCCUUUCGCCACACCCCUUGGAUUGAACGCUGUCUACUCUAUCGCAUCAUCCUUUAUCGUCUCUUGCCCAUCUACCAACGCUGCCUUGCCCGUAAUGGCCUACCCAUCCCUCGCCCUCAAGUCUGGCUUGCCUACUGCACCAGGCGCCAAUGUUGCCCUUGUACCAGAGACAACUCCUUCCGGAACGUUCUACACUACCUUUGUGAGCGGGCUCGAUACUGUCUCUGUUGAAAGCCAAGUUGGCAGUGACGGUUUAAUCAUGACUGCAGUUCCAAUGAACAUCUCAGGACAAAGUUAUGCCUUCUUGACCAGUGACAACUCUGUCACCUUGAGUGAUUCCAACAUCAUUGCUGGUCCAGCUAUCAUAGAGGUUACACCUGGUUCGCCAGUAUUCGACUUGUCAACCAUUUAAAAUAAUGGGUUGUUGCAUGGUGGAGGUAUGAAUUAAAAAUUGGUAGUAAUUUCUACAGGCAUUCGGUGGUCAAAUAAUGGUUUUAAUGGGCGGGGCGUGUGCCAAGUACUAUUCUAUGUUUAAUAACGAUUCCUCUUGUCAGCUUCACAAACUUUGUAUUGUAUAUAAUAGUAUUCAAUAAAUCA